CUUCUUAAAGCCUCGCUUUCAAUUGUUUCCUUUUAUCUAUUUGGUUAAUUCAAUUAAAUUUUAAUUUUGUGUGUUGUGUAUGUUAUGGCUGUUUUAUGAACGUUUAAUAAUUUAUUGCAAUGGCAAACGAAAACACAACUAUCUUAAAAAAAGUUUUGAGUGAUGACGAAAUUAGUAAAAUUCCUGUUGAAGUUUUCACCAAGCUUGAAGCAUUUGUAGAAAAGAAUUUUGAGGAAUGUUUGACAUCAAAAGCUUUACACCAGGCCGAGCGUGAUAGUACAAAUGAAAAAGUAGCAGUUCUAAAAAGUGAAUUAGAAGAAGUACUUAGGAAGCAUGAAGCUGAUUCAAAUCGCUUGAAAACGUCUCUAGAACAAACUGAAGAACUACAAAAUGAAGUGGUGAAACUUAGAUCUCAAUUAAAAAGUCUUGAUGCAAGAGUAGUAGAUUAUGAAAAGGAAAUACAGCAUAUGAGACAACAAAGAGAUAGCGCAGUCGAUGAACGCAAUGAGCUUCUUACAACUCUAGAAAGACGCAAUACUGAACUAGGAAUUUUAAAAACAGAUCUUACUGCCAUGACAAAGCAAAUGCAAGAUGCAGUUAAUGCCAAAUGCGAAGUUUUACUUAAAGCUGAUGAAAUAGCCAGCAAGGAAUUAGAAUUGAAGUUUAAAGAACAAGAGAUAAAUAGUAUUAGACCUAUGCUGGAGGAACAAAUAAAAUCAUUGAUGGAAGAUUUAAAUAAAAGCUGGGCUGAAGUAGCUAACAUAAAGAGGGAUCAAUCGUCUAGUGCCAUUGUUUUACAAUCAAAGUUAGCUUCAAAGGUUGAGGAGGUUCGAAUUUGUCAGAACCAAAUUAAGAACUUAAAUGAAACAAAUGCACUUUUAGAGUCUAGAGUUGAAGAACUUUCUCAAAAAGUUAAGGAUCUUGGGGAGGAAUCUUACAAAAUGAGAGAAAGUUAUAGGGAUGAAAUUACUUCAAAAACUAGACUAGCUGAUCUGUAUAAAGAAUCUAGUGAAGACCAAGAACAUAAAAACAAACUUCUUGUAGAGAGAUUAGAAUCAACCGUGAAACAAUUAGAAGAAGAAUGCCAAAAAUGUUCUGAACUUGAAUUUCAAAUAGAAAAUGUCAAAUCUACUUGUGAAGAAAAUAUUGCAUCUAAAAAUGCAUGUAUAGAGUCAUUAAAAGAUGAACUCAAAUGUGCUAAUAAUUUACUGGAUGCUAAAAAGCAAGAAUUGUUAGAAAAAGCCGUUGAAAGCCUUGCUCCAUCUGCUGCUAUCACUAGUAGAGUUUUGAAAUCUGGAAUGACGUUAACACAAAUAUAUUCAGAAUAUUGCAAAGUUUCACAAGAGUUAGUAAUCAAACAAAAUCAAGUUGAUGAACUAAAUAAUUCUCUUCAAAUAGUUCUGAAGGAAAUUGAAGAAAAGGCUCCUAUUAUAGAACAACAGAGAUUGGAUCAUGAAGCCGCUUUGCAAAACAUAAAUUCAUUGCGUGAGCAAUUGGAUAAUUUGAUAAGUGAAUGUAAUACAUAUCGUGAAGAAUGUGCUGAAUCCAAGCGCUUAUCAAAUUACCACAUAAGAGAAAACAAGAAAUUGAAGACACAAAUGUCUGAUUUAGGACGUCAGGUGUGUUUCUUGACAAAAACUAUUCAUGAAUUACGAGGAGAUGCGGUACCUAUGAAUGAUAGCAGUAGCUUGUUAGAAACUCCUCAAAAUGCGGCUGAUUUGAUUUCAAAGAAUUUAGUAACAUUUGGUGAUAUUCAGGAGCUUCAAACAAAUAAUGAAAAAUUAUUGUUAAUAGUAAGAGAGAUGACAAAUAGACUGGAAGAAGCUGAAAAAAAUGUGGGUGGGGCAGAUACAGUUAGUCUCCAGGUAAAGAUAGACGAGCAAGAGAAGAAAAUUAGCUCUUUACAUGAGCAACAGCAACAGCAAAUAAAAAUGGUUAACAGCGUAAUUCGACAAAGAGACACAUAUCGCAAAUUGUAUCAAGAACUUUUAGAUAACAGUGCACAUUACAAACCGAAAUCUGAUAAGACUGCUAAUGUGGAAGAAUUAGCAGACGACUCUAAAAAUGGUGACAACUCAAAUGUGCAACUCAACUCAAAAACAACUUCAAUGUCUCCCCAGUUACAUAAGAGUAAAGAAGUAGAGCAGAAGCUGUCGCAAGCUUUGGAAAAGUUGAAAGCACUUGAAGAUGAAUAUGAUACAUAUAAAAAAGAGAAAAAUAUAAAUGAAAAAAUGUUAAAUGAACAAUUAGAGAAAUCAAGAACUGAAUUAUUUGAUACAAAAUCACAAUUAUCUGCAAGGCUUGCUAAUGUUGAAUAUAAUGAAGAGCGUAUCAAAAAUUUGAAACAAAAUGUUGACACGCUUCGAAGGCAGAUUGCAUCACUGGAAGAUCAAAAUAAAAUAAACAAUGACACCAUAAUUAAGCAUGAGCAAACAAUAAUUCGUUUUAAGGAUGAAAUGUUAGAUGCUGUUGCAAAAUGCUCUAAAGCAGAAGUUACACUAGAACAAUUGCGCAGAGAAAACAAGAUGCUUCAAGAAUCAGAAAUACGUCUGCAGAAACAACAAGAAGCUGUUCAUAGGGAGAAGCAGAGUCAAGCUUUGCUUCUGAACAAUUUGGAAAUGAUAAAAGCCAGUUUUGAUAGAUCAGAAUCAGAAGGCAGGAUGAGAUUAGAGAAUCGUUUAGAUGAUGCUACGAGAGAAUGUUCUGCUUUAAGAAGACGUUUGCAGGAAGAACAAGAUAGAUUCCGAGAACUCUCCUCACACUUGGAACGACAAACUGAGACCGCCAAACAAAGAGCUGAAGAGGCACAAGGGCAAUCAGUGAAACUACGUGAAGAACUUACUAGCAUUAAAAGUGAACUUGCAAUUAAAACUAAUCAAGUAACAGAAUUAACUAAUAGAGUUCAAAAGUCUCUUAUGUCUAAAGAUGAUGAAACUGUUGAUGUCAAGAAGGCACGUGAAUUGGAGAACCAAAUUAACCAAAGUCGUAAUGAAAUAGUAGCUCUUAAAACUCAAUUAGAAAGUGCUCAAGAGCAAAUCAAACAAUAUACAGAUAUAUCAGAAAGUGCAGAAAAAGAAUUAAAAGAUCUUUAUAACAAGCAUGCACAAUAUGUAGCUACUAAGGAAGCUGCUUUGUCUCAAGCAAAUAAAAUUGAAGUUGAUCUGCGUAAAAAAAUUCAAGAAUUAGAAUCAGAAAUAGCUUCAAAGGCCAAUCAAAUACCUCAAACAAAUAAUCAAAAUGAUUUUAAUAAGGAGUCUUUUAAUCAAAUUAAAGUUGAAUUAGAGUCUUGUAAAAAGGAAUUAAAGGAAACACAUGAGCAAAUAAAGAAAUUAUCAGAGUCAUUACAAAUAGCAGAGGAUAAGUAUGGCCAUGAAUUGGUUUUGCAUUCCAAUGAUAUACAGUCAUUAAAUACUCUUAGGGAAGAACUUAAUAAGUUGAAAGAAAACUCUAAAGAUUUACAGUCAGAGAAAGUUCGAGCAGAGCAAGCUCUUGAAGUUGGUGAAGUAAGUCUCAGGGAACGAGAAAAAAAAUGGGAAGAAUCAAUGAAAGAGCUUACAAAUAAGGUUCAUGAUGUGACUUCUCAAAAUGAGGUAUUGCACGAACAGAUUCAAGUACUAAGUACCCAGUUAGCAUUAUCACAUGCAAAUACUCUUGAUUCUUCGAAAAACAACGUUUGUGAUAAUUCUCUGCUUAAUCGUUCACUAACUGAGGAGGACUAUGCUAAAUCUUCUGAUCAAUUGUUGCAAGUCAUUCAGUUCUUACGAAAAGAAAAAGGAAUUGCUAAUGCUAAGGUAGAUAUUUUACAAGAUGAGAAUAUUCGUUUGAAAACUGAGCAUGACAUAACAAUUAAACAUUUGGAGGAAGUUAAGAAAACUUUAGAAAAUGAAAGAAAUAAAACAGAUGUAAUUCAAAGUACUACAGAAAAACAUGCUGAAGUUUUAAGAAGUGUGGAGACUCUUAAUGCAAUCACAGACAGCAAUAGAGUUUUAAGAGAGGAACGAGAUUCUCUAAAGAAGAGUGUCCAGGAUCAAGUGCAACGUAUAGAAAAAUUAGAAGAGCAGUUAAUUCCUCUUCAAGAAACUAAUAGAUCUUUGCAAGCUAAAAUUGAUUCAGUGACUAAUGAGAAUGUUGCAUUGAAGGGAGAAAUAACACGCUGGAAAAAUCGGGCAAAUCAACUUAUAGAAAAAACUAACAAGACAAAUCCUGAGGAAUGGAAAAGGCUACAAAAUGAAAGGGAAGGUCUUGUUAAGAUGUUAACUAAUGAAAAAGAAAGUCAUAAAAAAACUGCAGACGAACUUGGUCUUCUUAAAGCUGAAAAGUUGAGAAUGGAGGCAAAUAUAUCAGCUUUAACCAAGCAACAUCAAAACCAUGAAUUAGAGUGUAAGAGGUAUGCAGAAGAAGUUGGUGCACUGAAAGUUAAUAUUACAAAACUUACACAAGAACUAAAUGAAACGAAAGAGGCACUUAUUAAGAAAGCUGAAGAAAACAAGAAAAUGAAUGAAGAUUUGGCUUUGAAAGAAGCAUCUUUGGCGGAUAUUCGUAAUAAAGAAGGACAGAUUAGAAAAAUUGCUAAGCGCUAUAAAGAUCAAUAUUUAGAAUUAACUAAAACGUGUGAAGAAGAGAAAAAGAAGAUUGCAGAAUCUGGGUCUGCAAGUGCUGCUGUAAAUCAAGAGAAUUUGGAAACCGCUAAAGAAGAAGCCAGAAAACCACUUAUGGAAAAGAUUGCCGAGAUAGAAGCCGAACAGAACAGAAAAACUACAGAAGCCGCUGUUGAGACGACAAACCUGCGGGCAGAAAUAGAAUCUCUGAAGAAAGAAAAUGAGGAACUUAAGACCAUAUGUGCCGAUAAGGAAGAAAAACACAAAAAUCUUAUUAAAAGUGCUCGAACUAAGAUUUUGUCUUUGAGCGAAGCUCGAAAUGCGCUUGAUCGCGAUUUAGCGGAUACUCGUAGUCGAUUGGAAUCCGUCGAACAAAGUAAAGGCGAAAGUGAUGUUCGCCUCUCGCAAUAUGAGCAAAGAAUUGCUAGGCUCGAAAAAGAACGCAAUGAUCUGGCUAAUGAAAAACAAGAUGUUCUACGACUGAAUCAACAAGUUGAAAGCUUAACUCAGCGUAAUCAUCAAUUACAACGACAACUGGGCUUGCAGCAGGGAUCAAAGCCAACUACAAGUGCAAGUAUUGCUGAGAAAAGUGGGAAUGAAACCAUCACUCCUCCAACUGCUAAUAUAAAGCCAAUGGCCGGACAUUCCAGUGGGCAGUCUUCAGCCACUGUGCAACCUUGGAGAAAUAAUGACACACCUUUUGCUAGUAUUAGGCCCAUAUCUGUUCCGCGCACUGCAGCUGUUCUUCCUACAAGUCAAAGUGUUUCUGGCUCAACUAGUCAGAGUGUCUUAGUUCCACCACAACAACAAGUUCAUACAACAGGUAAUUCAACAUCAGGUGAGGCGAUGUCAACAUCUCCCACUAGCUCCCACAUGGACUAUAUGCCAGCAACCAGCUCCGCACCUAUGGCAUCUGGAGGUAAUUGCACAAGUGGAAGUGUUAGUGGUACAUCAGCCACCACGAGUGCCAGUGGAGGACCAGUUCGUCAAGUAGCAGUACCUCCAAUGUCUUCUUCAACUAGUAAUAAUCAAAACACAAGCAGCGCGAGUGGAAGUAGUAGCAGUGGCAACAUUGUUAUGCAGCAGCAACAACCAUUACAACUGCAGCAACCAAUGCAACAGCAGGAGAUGGCAGGAACUUCAGCUGAGAGCACCCAGGUCAGACCGGUGCUUCUGAAUGGCUCCCUGAUUUCUUCGGAUAUAGAGGCAAGUCAGCAAAGUUCUCAGGGAUUGACACAAUCUGUAGCCUUAGUUCAACCCCGAGUAGAGAUUGUGUCCAAUCCUCAAUCAUCUCAUAGUACACCACAUGUUUCAUCGGCUCCAUCUCAUAGUAGUGAGGUCAUGCCCCAUGUUUCUAAUAUCAUGGUCUCCCAACAACAAGCGUCAAGUUCAAGCAAUGUCACUACAACUGUAGCCGCUGGUAUUGGCUCUGCUGGAAGUUCCACCAGUCACAAGAGACCACGUGAUCCCACGGAAGGUACAACUGAUACAGAGGGUUUGCAAGAUCAACAGCGGAAGCGCGCUAGGCAACAACAUGUUGUUCAAGCUUCUACAGUAGAUGGUUCUAUAAGCAAAUCAGGUUUAGAUUCAGAAAUCGAAUAUCAGGUUCCAACGAGUUCUCAGCGAGAUCAAGAAGAUGAUAAUUUAAUAGUGGAUUCUGAAGCUUCUGAGGAUGAUGGCCUUCAGGAACCGGAUGAUGGCCCUUAUGAGAACAAUGGAGAGGAAUAUGAGAAUGAAAUCUAUGAACAAGAACAAGACCUUGCAUAUGAUGAGGGUGAUGAAGAUAAUGAACAUGAUACUGACAACAUGGUUGACAAUAACGAAGUUGAAAUAAUUGAUGAUAGCAAUGAAGGUCCAAACCAGUCAGAAGGUUCUAACAGUACUAGUGGUAUUACAGAAUCAAACAGUGCUCCUUCAAAUACAUCUCAACAAAUACAGACUAUUAGUAGUGGUUCAGAAGGGCAAUCAACACAAUCUAGAUCCCGUUGUGUUGCGCCGUUGGUACGCUCUGGUCAAGCACAAGCUUUAAUUUUGCCACACCACACACAUCAUUUAACACCAGGGUAUGAAGAGUCUGGUGAUGACGGUAUAGUCCCAAGCACACCUACCUUAUAUGUACCUAGAAGAAAUGAUGGAUUUGGAGAAGCAGUAAGUUCGCCUCAUCCCCAUGUACCAAGUGCGCGAUUUACAUUCAGUGAUACUGCUAGUGUCAGACAAGUUCCAGGCGCUCCUCUCUCACAAAGUGGUUUAGAAGCUGUUGAUGAUACUAGAUGUGAUCUCUCCCAAUUUCAUGAAGCAGGUCAAAGUGUACCAAGUGCUACUCUUCAAGUUUGUCCACGGGCACAAAAUACAGAUGAUUCUUGGAGGUUCCUGAUAUUCAACCUGGACCCAGUGAACCAAGAAAAGUUUUUGGAUGGCGAAAUGAAGGAAGUUGAAGCAGACCCUGUUUCAUCAGAAGGCGAACAGCAAGCAACGGCGACAGAUAAUAUAGAAAUGGAAGAAGAAGGUCGUGAAGCCGAAGCAUCUCAAAGCUCAAGUUCAAAUGUACGAUUUCGAGGUCGCGGUUCAGCACGCCGCUCUAUGAGAGGUUUUUCUCGUGGUUCCAGUUCUCGACAACAAAGGCACACUCCAAUCAUUUGGAAUGAGGCUCAUGGUCCAAGACAACAGCAACAGCAGCAGCAACAGCAACAGAUACUACAACAACCACCUCCAAUGCAACAGCCACAGCAACAAAAUCCUCAACAACAAACACCACCGAUGACGAGACAAAUGGGGCAACCAAUUUCUGUUAGGGGCAUGCAGGAACCACAGCGAGGAUCGUUUAUGCGAGGAAAUCCCCGUGGACGACGUAUGCGCCGGCCGCCUGGUGGACCUGGAUACCCAGGAAUGCGGUUUUUAAGUAAUAGGUUGUAAUAUAGUUUUUAAGCUCUUUAUAAGUGAUAUUUACUACCAUUAUGGUGCAUAUUGACAUGCAAAUUCAAUUUUAAUAUAAUUGGAAGGCUUUGAAGCAUUUCUAUCUUUUAUAUUUUUUUUUAUUAUUAUGGUAUA